AUGUUUACUUUGAUACAUUUGUUUCCUGUUUGCAUUUUACUACUUCUUUAUGAAAGAGAGAUCACCGCAAUACGAUGUUACCAGUGUGAUAGUAAUGAAGAUCAUUCAUGUCCAGCUAGAAGAUAUUUUGAUACAAGGCUGAAUGCCAUGAUUGACUGUAAUAGUUUUCUAUCUCAUUCACCUGGAACAUUUUGUGUUAAAACUUAUCAAGAAAGUACUGGCUGGAAUUCAUGGAUAAAGAUAACGCGAAGUUGUGGUGCAAGAACUGAUUAUGGAUUAGCAUGGAGUUGUCGUUAUUGGUUUGAAGAACAAGAAAAUAUUGAUGAUGAUGAUAAUAAUCCUUCUUCCUAG